CAUCCCCCUAAAGAACCCAUCCCUGCUCGGACCUCCACGCUCAGUGCGUUCGCGUCGGUGUCCUUCUCCUGCGCCCCCGACAUGCUGAAGGAGAAGAGUUACCAAGCCGAGAUGCUGAAGAGCAGCCCCCUCCGGGGAUUCUUCCCCAGCCCCUAUCCCUACAUGGACGUCUUCCCUCGGACGCACAGCCUCCUCCACCCGCUCGAGUCGCUCGGUCGACUUGUGUCGGACGCCCGGGCUUCCCUGCCCCUCGGGGCCCACGGAGGCGCGGCUCCGUUCCUCGGCCACGGCGCGUCGGGCUUGCCCUUCGCGAGUCCGAUGUUUCCCGGGCACGCUUUUUGCUCCAGGCCGGAGGAGCUGGCGGCGGUGGUGACGGAGCACGCCGCCGGUCCGCUGUCCUCGGACUUCAGCAGCCCGCACAGCGUCAGGUCUCCGUCCGCCUCCUCCUCCGGCAACACGCCGCCAAAGGAGAGCUUGUGUCGGCCGAACGCGGUGGAUCUGCCUCCGGAGAAAAGGGCGGCAUCCUUUAACUUCAGCGAGGAGGACUUGUCCAUGGUGCUCUACGGUUACUCUGGGGGCCAGGAGAGCAGCGGGGGCCACGCUAUGUCAGGACUGACCCUGCAGGAAAACUCAGCUUCUCAUUCCCUUCUGGACAGAGAAACCCACGAGCUUCCAGAGGGUCUAGUCGUCCUCCAGGCUGCGUGGGGGAGCAUUUACCACUGUGGGGUCUUCACAGAUAAGGUCAGCAUACCUAAAGGCACGCGCUUCGGACCUUUCCAAGGAAAACUUGUGAACACCAGCGAGAUAAAAACAUACGAUGACAACACCCUGAUGUGGGAGGUGUUUGAGAAUGGGCGACUGAGUCAUUUUGUGGACGGCAGGGGCGCUUCUGGAAACUGGAUGUCUCUGGUGAAGUGCGCUCGGUUUCCGGAGGAGCAGAACCUGAUCACGGUGCAGGUCCAGGGUCGGAUCUUCUACGAGGCCUGCAAGGAGAUCACACCGGGCCAGGAGCUACUGGUGUGGUACGGAGACUGCUACACGCAGUUUCUUGGGAUCCCACUCACACUGAGGGACCCCAGAGAGGACAACAACAGCGUUUCCCCAUCCGAAGAUUCAGGGGAAGGCUUCAAGUGCGACAGAUGCGGGAAGGUGUUUGCAUACAAAUACUACAGGGACAAACAUCUGAAGUACACGCGCUGUGUUGACCAGGGGGACAGGAAGUUUCCCUGUCACCUAUGCAACAGAUCCUUCGAGAAGAGGGACAGGCUGAGGAUCCACAUACUGCAUGUGCAUGAAAAACACAGACCUCACAAGUGCUCCGUGUGUGGGAAGAGUUUCUCCCAGUCCUCCAGUCUUAACAAACACAUGCGGGUCCACUCUGGAGAGCGACCGUACAAGUGCGUCUACUGCAACAAGGCCUUCACUGCCUCCAGCAUCCUGCGCACGCACAUCCGCCAGCACUCCGGAGAGAGGCCCUUCAAGUGCAAGCACUGCGGGAAGGCCUUCGCCUCGCACGCCGCUCACGACAGCCACGUCCGCCGGACUCAUGCCAGAGACAAGCCGUUCCCGUGCGAGCUGUGCGGGGCCGCUUUUCAGGAGGAGAAGGAGCUGAAAUAUCACGAGACAAUCCACAAACGGAGACAAAUGGACCCGCUCACUGUUCCGUCCUCUUCAGGAAUUGGACGGGAGGAUGACUCUGGGCUCCCAUUGAAGGAAAAAGAAAAAGCACAGAAGAACCCAGAGCAAAGGUUUCCAAAUUACCCCGGGUUAAAGGUUUUAAAUUCUGAUUAUCGGCCCUGGAACUAGACAGGCCAAAAAAA